UUUCCAAGUUUUCAUCGGAUUUACGCGUGUUCGAUGCAGCUGCUUCUUUCCAUGCACUUGCAGUGAAGCAUGGAAAAGGACUCCUCCAUGCGAGGAUCCUCUCCAUGAACUUUCGGAUUACUUUACACAAGCAUUUAAAAUUUGAUUUGACAUCCCACAGACUUCAGAAAAUAGCUUGCCUUCUGGUCCUUUUAGCCGUAGCAGACCCUCCAGGGUCGUCAACUCCACCCAACCCCAGCGGCACGACAUUCUUCUAUUUCCCAUUCCCUUCAAAAUUUCCUUUCCCCAACACAAACCUUUACCAUGAAAAGCAUUCAAAGACCUCCCUUUGUUCUCUUCCAUUUUCUGAUUCUUUGCUUGCUUCCACUGAAGAUCACAUCAUCACCAAGAACCCAAGCAGAAGCUCUCAUUAAAUGGAAAAACAGCCUUUCUCCUCCUCUUCCUCUUCCUCUAGCGUCAUGGUCGCUAUCCGACCUCAACAACUUUUGCAACUGGACAGCCAUUGCCUGCCACACCAUCGGAACAGUCUCCGAGAUAAACCUCUCCGGAACUAACCUCACAGGAACACUUGCCCAUUUCGAUUUCAGUUCAUUUCCCGAUCUCACCCGCUUGGACCUCAACAGCAACAAUUUUAGCGGAUCAAUACCACCAGCCAUUGGAAACCUCUCCAAGCUCACUCACCUGGACUUGGGCACCAACAGUUUUGAAGACGAAAUACCUUCUGAGAUAGGCCAGUUAAUGGAGCUUCAGUAUCUCUGUCUUUUUAACAACAGUCUGAAUGGCACCAUCCCCAAUCAACUCAGCAAUCUCCAAAAGGUGUGGUACUUAGACCUUGGAGCAAACUACUUUUCGUCUCUCGACUCGUCCAAAUUUUCAAGUAUGCCUUCCUUGACCCACCUGAGCUUGUUCCUCAAUUCACUCCAAUCUGAAUUCCCUGAGUUCAUAACGCAUUGCCGGAACUUGACAUACCUCGACUUGUCUCUUAAUUCUCUGACCGGUCUGAUACCUGAAUCCGUAUUUACCAAAAUGGAUAAACUUGAAUACUUCAAUCUCACUAAUAAUCAGUUCCAAGGACCAUUGUCGCCAAGUAUUUCUAAGCUUUCCAAGCUCCAAGAACUUCGCCUGGGAAAUAACCAUUUCGCCGGUCCAAUUCCUCAGGAGAUUGGUUUGAUAUCUGAACUUCGAAUUCUUGAAUUGUUCAACAGUUGGUUCCAGGGGAAGAUUCCAUCGUCUAUAGGCCGACUCAAGAAGCUUGAGAAGCUUGAUCUUCGAACAAAUUUCUUGAGCUCUUCAAUUCCUCAUGAGCUAGGCCUUUGUACGAAUCUUACCUAUAUGGCACUAGCAGGUAAUAGUCUCACCGGAGCCCUGCCUUUAUCACUGUCUAAUCUGACCAAACUUACAGAUUUGGGUUUUUCAGAGAAUUCACUUUCUGGUUAUAUUACGCCUUCUUUAAUCACCAACUGGACUGAUUUGAUCUCAUUGCAACUCCAAAAUAACAAGUUGACCGGGAACAUUCCAGCAGAAAUAGGCCUGUUGAAAAACCUCAAUUAUCUAUUUCUCUAUAAUAAUGGCCUCUCUGGAUUAAUUCCCCCUGAAAUAGGAAACUUGAAAUAUCUGAUAGAGUUAGACCUUUCAGGAAACCAAUUCCGGGGUCCAAUUCCCCAAACAUUGUGGAAUCUCACAGAGCUUAAAAUCUUACAACUUUUCAAUAACCAUUUUAGCGGCACACUUCCCCCGGAGAUUGGAAAAAUGAAGUCGCUGACUACUCUUGAUAUCAACACUAACCAACUGUGCGGGCAAUUGCCAGAGACCAUUGCUCAACUGAAUAAUUUAAUAUCAUUCUCUGUGUUCGGCAAUAACUUCUCUGGCAGCAUAUCCAGUGACUUUGGUAAGUAUAGUCCUAGUUUGAGUUAUGUAAGCUUUUCAGACAACAGCUUCUCAGGAGAAUUGCCAUCUGAAUUGUGUAGUGGUUUAGCUCUUGCGAAUAUUACCGUGGAUUAUAACCACUUCACAGGAUCAUUGCCAGAGUGCUUGAGGAAUUGUGCCAAACUCCGUAGAGUCCGAUUUGAUGGGAACCAAUUCACUGGAGACAUCACAAACGCCUUUGGAGUUCAUCCAAAUCUUGAUUUCCUCACUAUUAAUGACAAUCAAUUUGUUGGUCAACUCUCACCGGAGUGGGGAGAAUGUGUAAACCUCACCAAUCUACAGAUGGGAAGAAACAGAAUUUCUGGAAAGAUCCCAGUUGAGCUUGCGAAGCUGACUCAAUUGCAAGUUUUAAGUCUGAAUUCCAACCACUUGUCCGGGGAAAUUCCAAUUGAACUGGGAAAUCUAAGCCUGCUAUACAGGCUCAAUCUUAGCAGGAAUGAUUUGACGGGAGAGAUUCCUUGGAGUCUUGGCAAUUUGAGUGAGCUUAACGAACUUGAUUUGUCUGAGAACAAAUUCACUGGCAACAUACCCAGAGAGCUUGGGAAUUGUGAUGGAUUAUUGAGCUUGGACCUGAGCAACAACAACCUAUCAGGUGAAAUACCGCCCGAGCUUGGUGGCUUGACUUCAUUGCAGUACAUGUUGGACCUCAGCAACAAUUCACUAUCAGGAACUAUGCCUCAAAACCUUGAGAAGUUUUCAUCAUUGGAGAGUCUUAAUGUUUCACAUAACCAACUGUCAGGAAAAAUCCCAGCAUCAUUCUCCAACAUGGUUAGUCUACGCUCCAUUGAUUUUUCUUACAAUAAGUUAGCAGGUCAGAUCCCAACAAGUAAAGUUUUCAAAGAAGCACCCACAAAAGCUUAUGUUGGAAACUCAGGCUUGUGUGGAAGUGCAGGACUGAAACCUUGUUAUACAGAUUCCAAAAAGCAAAAGCAUUCUAAUAAAAUUCUCUUAAUCGUCGUUCCGGUAUGUGGCCUCUUAUUUCUUGCAACCAUUGUUCCUGGAUUCAUAAAAUGUUACCAGAAAAUAAAACGCAGUCAUGAAGAAAACCGAGUUGGACACUCUGACGAGAAGGCGGAGUGUAUGAUAUGGGAAAGAAAAGGUAAAUUCACAUUCCAGGAUAUUGUGAAGGCCACAGAGGACUUCAGUGAAAAGUACUGCAUUGGAAAAGGUGGAUUUGGAAGCGUAUGCAAAGCAGCAUUAUCAACCAGUCAGAUUGUUGCAGUUAAAAGGCUAAACAUGUCAGACUCCAGUGACAUUCCGGCAGCCAGUCGCCAGACUUUUGAGAACGAGAUCCGUAUGUUAACUGAAGUUAGGCACCGGAAUAUCAUCAAGUUUUACGGUUUCUGUUCCAUUAGAGGGGGCAUGUACUUGGUUUACGAAUAUGUAGAGAGAGGCAGCUUAAGAAAUGUGUUGUAUGGGAAAGUGGAGCUUGAUUGGGUUACAAGGGUGAAAAUUGUGCAGGGUGUGGCUCAUGCAGUUUCUUACCUGCACCAUGAUUGCUCUCCACCAAUUGUGCACCGAGACAUAACUGUGAAUAACAUAUUACUCGAGUCAGAGUUCGAACCAAGGCUAUCAGAUUUUGGCAUUGCAAGAUUGCUAAACCCAGAUGCAACUGGCUGGACAACAGCUGCCGGGUCUUUUGGCUACAUGGCUCCAGAGCUUGCUCUCACCAUGCGAGUGACGGAUAAAUGUGAUGUUUAUAGCUUUGGAGUGGUGGCAUUAGAAGUUAUGAUGGGAAGGCAUCCAGGGGAGCUCCUAGCUUCACUGUCAUCGUCCCAAUCACUUUCAGACAGCACAGAAUUUCUGUUGAAGGAUGUGCUGGACCAACGACUCCCAACACCAGCAGGCAAAAUAGCAGAGGCUGUAGUGUUUGUAGUGACCAGAGCUUUACUAUGUGUGCGUGACAAUCCAGAUUCAAGGCCUCCCAUGCGUUUUGUGGAACAAGAAUUGUCAGGUCGAACACAAGCUUGCAUUUCAGAUCCUUUUGACACUAUCACCAUUAGCAAGCUUACCAGUCUUGAACGAAAAAAGGGAAAUGGCAUUAAAGAGUGAGCUGUGGUUUAGGUUCGCGAGUUAUGCUACCCAACCCCCUACUGUUUCCAACCUCCGCACUCCUGCCUACGUGGCUUUUAAUUUUUUUUUUUAUUGAAAACGUGUGUCUU